AUGGGAUAUAAGAUAUAUUCUAACUCUGACUUAGUUCAAACAGUAACAUGGGCAAACUAUGAAUGGUUCGCUUUGAGAAACUCAGUACAACCACAAGCUAGAGAACAAACAGACCAGUAUGCAACUAUUGAGAAAAUAAGAAGACUUGACCCUAACGUUCCAGGAGUUUAUGUUGACCUUUCUGGACAAACUGCAGCAGCAGUAACCAAAGUAAAACUGAAACUUAGAGUUCCUUUGUCAUCUUUCCUCAUCUUCAGGUUUUUAAGAUACUUGCCAAACUGGGCAGGAAAAAUUUCUAUCGAACUUACUCCAAGCAAAAAUAACUUAGUCAUUGCACCAACGCAAGACCCAUUCACUCUUACUGUAGCUGGAACUGGUGGAGCCAAGUUCUGUGACUUUUGCAAAGACAAAGUUGACUUAGACUUUGGUUUCUCAAACCUCAACACUGAAGUAAACUACUACUUCAAUGCUGCUGGAACUGCUUGGGACCCAGUUAAGUUCACAUGCGAAAAGUUUGAAUGCAAGAGAAUAGAAAGCAGACUUGCAGUCUAUAUGUUGGACCCAGAUAUUUCAAAUGCUUUAGCUGCCAAAUAUAUUGCAGUUCCACUUAUGUUCCCUAUACACCAAAUAUCUGUCAAAGACUUUGCAGGUGAAGUUGGAAACCAAAGUGCUGACCCAGGUGCAAGAACAGAUAUUGCCUUAACAACUGCAAUGAAACAUGCAGAUACUAUGUUUGUACUGUUCAGACGAACUAUAAAUGACUAUUCUUGUUUCUACAACCCUGGUAUUAAAUAUCAUAUAAACAUAGAUGGCAAAUACUAUCCAAGAGAAGAAUAUUCUACAGUUGAGGAUAUGAGGUCAUACAACUUGACAUUAGAUGCUAUGAACUUUAACAACAACUUCACAACAACCAUUAACCCUGAAAUGCAAAGUUCUAUUAUGCCAUAUGUGAAAGUAUGGACUCAUACAGGAGCUCAAAACACUCAAUAUACAAAUGGAGACC